CACUAACCCUCUCUCGCUUCUCUCUCUCGAACUACACAACACGCAGUAACGCCAUUUCUGAGGGUUCUUGGAUUUGAAAAAACCUGAAUCAUCGUUACCAGUAGCAUACCCACAUCUGUAUUUUCAGUUUUUUAUAUUCCAAAACCAUUUUUUUCCUCUCUAUUAAAGUAACCGAAAAGAGGGAAGAAAAAAGGAGUACAUUUUCCUGCCAUGAAUGAUGAAUGAAUGGUCCUUUGCUUCCUUGACACCCAUAUUUCUCUUCCUUUCUUGAGCCUUUUUCAUUCAUUGCAUAGUGAAACUGACCUGCCAAGCAAAGAAGCAGAUAUGGUUAUUGUUCCAUCUCAUUACUCAUCAAUUGAUUCUCUCUUGCUUGGGCACUAAAACAUCUUUUACCCUUUCUUUCCGUAUUCGAAAACUUCUUCUCUGUUUUUUCUGUCUGUAAUUGAUUGUCCCUGCCGAGGAUCAAACCAUACUCUGUCUGAUACCACAAUUCGUGGUCAAAUGUCCAUGAACCCAUCUCAGACGGACAAUGAAACAAUGCAUGCUCUUGAUUUUUUCAAGAAAUUCCAGCGAUUGAAGCAUUUUGAGCCGUCUUUGGUAGUUAUUGGAUUCUUCUUUGUCAGUGUUUGUGUGAUUGGUGGAUUCUUUUAUUCGGAUUACAGGGCUGUGGCAAAAGGGUAUGUCGUUCCUGGUCAAUCUGAGAGGUUUAUGGGGUUAAAUUUCAAUGGGUCUGGCGAUAACUAUGAAAGGGUAGAUUUUUUGGGAGAGAAGGGAAAUGGGUGUGACGUGUUUGAUGGGGAUUGGGUCUGGGAUGAGAAGUAUCCGUUGUAUCGGUCCAAAGAUUGCAUUUUUUUGGAUGAAGGGUUUAGGUGCACCGAAAAUGGACGGCCUGAUUUGUUCUACACCAAGUGGAGAUGGCAGCCCAAGCAUUGCAAUUUGCCCAGAUUUGAUCCAAAAGUAAUGUUGGAGAAACUAAGGAACAAAAGGCUAGUUUUUGUCGGGGAUUCAAUUGGAAGGAAUCAAUGGGAGUCCCUACUAUGCAUGCUCUCUUCAGCAGUUGAUAAGGAUUCAAUAUAUGAAGUGAAUGGCAGUCCAAUCACAAAGCAUAAGGGGUUCUUAGUGUUCAUGUUCAAGGAUUUUAAUUGCACUGUGGAGUACUACAGGGCCCCAUUUCUCGUGUUGCAGAGCCGGCCUCCUGCUGGGGCUCCAGAAAGAAUUAAGACUACCCUGAAACUGGAUCAAAUGGAUUGGAACUCUGUAAAGUGGAGAGAUGCUGAUAUACUGGUUUUCAAUACAGGACAUUGGUGGAACUAUGAGAAAACCAUAAGAGGGGGCUGUUACUUUCAAGAAGGCGAUGAAGUUAAGUUGAAAAUGAAAGUUGAAGAUGCAUACAGGAGGUCCAUGGAGACCGUACUGAAAUGGACGCACAGCGUAGUGAAUAUGAGCAAUACUCGGAUAUUCUUCCGUACAUUUGCCCCUGUACAUUUCAGAGGUGGAGAUUGGAAAACCGGGGGAAGCUGUCACAUGGAAACAUUGCCAGAGCUGGGGUCGUCACUGGUUCCACCCGACACUUGGACCCAGUUCAAAAUAGUCUCUGAUGUGUUAUCUGCUCACUCUAAUCCAUCAGGGAAAAGAACUUUUGAUGUAUUGAAUGUAACACAAAUGACCGCGAGAAGGAAAGACGGGCAUUCAUCAUUGUACUAUCUGACUCCCAAAGAGGGCCCUGCAUCCCUACGUCGACAGGACUGCAGCCAUUGGUGUCUGCCUGGAGUCCCCGACUCAUGGAACGAGCUUUUCUAUGCACUAUAUCUCAAGAGCGAGGCUAACUGGACACUGAACUCGUCAAGACACGCAGCGCAGGUUUGAUACAAAAGGCUGGUAUUUAUAUGAAAGUGCAGUAGGAGACAGAACUGGUGCUAAAGGAAUUGGUGUUUAGUUUCCUGGCAAGAAUGGAAAGAGUUGUUCAAAGGGUGAAAUGCAGGUCCAAGAUACUGAGAUGUUGAUUGAGAGAUGACCCCAGAAGGGACAGUUUUUCAACUCAAAAAAGGGUUUGGCUUUUUAGCUAGAGGAGCCUGAUUUGUAAAGCUGCUAAAGCAAAAUUUUGGGGGAAUAUAAUUGAUGCUGUAGGUGUAGGGUAUAUAUACAUAUAAAUUUAUGCACAUGAUUGUUUUAGGUGGCACAGUCGGUUGGGAAUAUUGUAAUUACCAAAAUUUUGGUUUCGUCAAUUUUGUCUUAAUACCGAAUGUUUAAUUUUUGACCA